GAACGGCUGGGUGUGACACGUGACAGCGGCGCGGGGAUUCCGAACGGAGCAGCCGGAGGCACCUCAGGAGAGGAACCAUGCCCAGGAUCACUGUGAACGGGAUCACAGUGGAUUUCCCCUUCCAGCCCUACCCAUGCCAGGAAGCCUACAUGGCCAAGGUGCUGGAAUGCCUGCAAAAGAAGGUAAAUGGCAUUUUGGAGAGCCCCACAGGCACAGGGAAGACCCUGUGCCUGCUGUGUUCCACCCUGGCCUGGCGGGAGCACUUCAAGGACACCAUCUCAGCCCGGAAAAUCGCGCAGCGCAUGAACGGCGUGGAGCUCUUCCCUGACAGACCUGUGUCCUCCUGGGGCACUGCUGCCACAGAUGGAGAUGUCCCAGCUUAUUACACUGACAUUCCAAAAAUAAUUUAUGCCUCCAGGACUCACUCCCAGCUUACACAGGUCAUUAAUGAGCUAAAGAACACAGUGUACAGGCCAAAGGUGUGUGUGCUGGGGUCCAGGGAGCAGCUCUGCAUCAAUCCUGAAGUGAAGCGACAGGAGAGCAACCACAUGCAGAUCUACAUGUGCAGAAUGAAAGUGAUGGCUCGUGCUUGUCAUUUCUAUAACAAUGUGGAAGAAAAGAGUACAGAGAAAGAACUCAUUGAAUCAAUCAUGGAUAUUGAAGACUUGGUUAAAAAUGGAAACAAGCACAGAUCUUGUCCUUAUUAUCUCUCUCGAAGCCUGAAGCAACAAGCAGACAUUAUUUUUAUGCCUUACAACUAUUUACUAGACUCAAAGAGCAGGAAAUCCCACAACUUGGACCUGAAGGGGACUGUGGUGAUACUCGAUGAAGCUCACAAUGUGGAGAAAUUGUGUGAGGAGUCCUCUUCUUUUGACUUGACUCCCUACGAUCUGGCUUCAGCAAUGGAUGCAAUAAAUAUUGUCCUGGAGGAGCAAGCCAAAGUGGUUCAACAGAAUGAAAUCAAUGCUGAAUUCAACAUGGAGUUGGCCAGUUCAGGACUGAACAUGGAACUGGAAGAUAUAGCAAAGAUCAAGAAAAUUCUUCUUCAGCUUGAAAGUGCUAUUGAUGCAGUGGAGCUGCCAGCAAAUGGCAAUGGAGUCACCAAAGAGGGAAGCUACAUCUUUGAUCUGUUUGCAGAGGCCCAAAUAACACUGCAGACCAAAUGCUCCCUCUUGGAGUCACUGGAGCAGAUUUUACAGUUUCUUUCAGGCCGUACUGGGAUAUUUGUCAAUACAUCUGGAUUGCAUAAGGUCUCAGAUAUUAUCCAGACAGUGUUCAGCAUGGAUCCCCCAGAAGGAGUCACAACAGGGUUCCUGCCACAUCAGGCAGUAUCUAAAUAUUACAAGGUACAUAUUCAUGUGGAUAAUGGUAAUCAGAAAAAGAAACAAAGGACAGAUCUCUGGAACUCAUCAUCUUCAAAAAAACAAGGGAAGACUUUAAGCUAUUGGUGUUUCAGCCCUGGGUACAGCAUGCACGAGCUCGUUCGACAGGGAGUCAGGACAAUCAUCCUCACCAGUGGGACCCUCUCCCCCCUCUCAUCAUUUACAAUGGAAAUGCAGAUCCCUUUUCCUGUUUGCCUGGAAAAUCCUCAUGUAAUUGAUAAACACCAGCUCUGGGUUGGGAUCAUUCCAAAGGGACCUGAUGGAACUGUGCUUACUUCCACCUAUGAAAGAAGGUUUUCAGAGGAUUAUUUAUCUUCUCUGGGGAAAACAAUUGGUAAUCUUGUGAGAGUUGUGCCACAUGGGCUGUUGGUGUUCUUCCCAUCGUAUCCUGUCAUGGAUAAGAGCCUGGAAUAUUGGAGAGAGCAUGAUUUUGCCAAAAGAAUUGAAGAAGUGAAGCCGAUGUUUGUGGAACCCAGGAACAAAGGAAGCUUUUCAGAGGUUAUUGGUGCCUACUAUGAUAAAGUUGCCUGUCCUAAAUCCAAUGGAGCUGCUUUUUUGGCAGUGUGUCGGGGCAAGGCCAGUGAAGGCUUGGACUUUGCAGACAUAAAUGGACGAGGAGUCAUCAUUACUGGGCUUCCGUUUCCCCCUCGUAUGGAGCCCAGAGUCAUUUUAAAGAUGCAAUUCCUGGAUGAGAUGAGGAGAAGUGGUGCAGGUGCACAGUAUCUGUCUGGGCGUGAGUGGUACAGUCAGCAAGCGUCCCGGGCUGUCAACCAGGCCAUCGGCCGGGUCAUCAGGCACCGCCAGGACUACGGGGCCAUCUUCCUGUGUGACCACAGGUUCACAACUUGUGAUGUCAGGGGCAAACUGCCUUCGUGGGUCCGUCCCUACGUGAACGUUUAUGACAACUUCGGGCACGCGGUCAGAAGUGUCUCCCUCUUCUUCCGUGUUGCUCAAGAAAUUAUGCCCCUACCCCUGCCUCAGUGCCCUCCUGGACAUGCUGGUUCCCUAAGUGAAAGCAAUGCAGCACCAUCUACUUCAUCUGAGCAGAUCCUCUCCCUGCAAAAAGCUAAAAACCUGGAUGACCAUGUUCCAAGUUUGAAGAGGAAAAGGAAAGUAAAUGGAGAUGGAGCACCCAGCCUGUGUGUGGAAUAUGAACAAGAGUUUGUCUCGCCCCGAAGAAAAUGCGUUGGGCUCUUGGAUGCCUUGGAGCGCAGUGAGAAGGGCAAUGAAGAUGCAGAGGAGGAAACUGAUUUGCCAGGAGAGGAAGAGGCACAUCGGCUGUCCACACUUUCCCUUCAGUAUGAGAAGAGAUUAACAGAUGAGCAGAAAGGAGGAAGGAAGAAAAUAAAGCUAGUCAGCAAUACAGAAUUUUUCCUGAAGCUGUCUGUUUUGUCAGGGGGCAAGCAGGAGCGGAGAGCGGAGCCGGCGGAGCCCAAGAAGGCGCGAGCCACGUUUUACAUCGCCACUGUGAAGGACACCCUGAGCCAGCAGAACUAUGAGCUCUUCUCCAAGGCUCUGCAGCAGUACAAGAAGACAGAUGACUUCCAUGCCAUGCUGUCCCAGAUGAGCUCCCUCUUUGCAGAGGAUGAAAAAAAGCACGUCUUGCUGCGAGAUUUUUACCAGUUUGUCCGACCCCAGCAUAAAAAGCAGUUUGAUGAAGCGUGCUACAAUCUGACUGGAGUGGGCUGUGGCUACAAACCUGAGCACAGCCUCCCACGGGAGGAGAGGGAGAUCCUGGCCAAGAGAAUGGAAGAAAAACAGAGCCAGCAGAAAAGUACAUUCUCCAAGGCCUCGUGUGCUCAGCUGAACCCAGGGCUCCACCUGAACCAAGGAGGAUCCCACUUGGCAACAGGACUGAAUAGUGCAGGGCAGAAUGCCAGUGCAGCUCCAAGGAAAGAGGCUGAAAAGGCUCCAGGCUCCAGGAGAGAGCAUCACCAGGCCCUCAGGACUGCCUAUCUCAGUGAUGUGCAGAGGGCUUUGGACAAAGGCAGCUACAGCCAGUUCUACCAGGCUCUGCUGGCUUACAAGAAGACAGAUAAUUACGAUGCCAUGGUGUCGGUGGUGGCAGCCCUCACCACCGAGAGGCCACAGGACUUUCAUCUCCUACAAAGGUUUUACAUGUUCGUGCGUCCUCACCACAAAGAGCAGUUCAGAGAGCUGUGUAAGGGUUUGACUGGAAUGGUCUGUGGUGAUGGAGAGAAGCAGCUGCAACAGUUGGAGCAAAGUGAAGGGAAACCCCAGAGCUUGGAGAGCUGCACAAAAGGAAUCGGCCACAUGCAAGACGCAGCCCCUUCUAAGAGUGGGGCACCAGAAAAAAUUCAGAGUAAGAUCUCCUCCUUCUGCUUCAGCCAGAAAAGUGAACUUGAGUUGCCAAAGACUGAAGUGUCCAAAGAAACCAAUAAUGUGAGAGCCCCCACAGACUCUGGAGUUGUGCCCAUCUUUCCCCUAGAGAUGGAACCAGAGUAUGGUGGUGAGGAAGUGCCCCAGGUGCCACAGUGAUGUGAAGAGGCAGCGAUUAAUCCAAGUUUUCUUCUGGUCCUGAUGCCACCCACAGAAAGGGCAGGAAGCCCUUUGUGCCAGCAGAAGGCAGAGGCUGUGCUCUGGCUCUUGCUGAGCAGGAGCAGGAUGGAGGUUCCUUUAAAUCCCUGUGAUCCUUGUCUCUGGACUGGGAGCUGAGCACCAGCACAGAUCAUUUUCCAGCAAAGGUGGCCAAGUCUGAAAGGUCUUACUGCAGGAGACAAAGCAGAAUGUUGUCCUCUGUUAGAACUAAGGAAGUUAAUUUUUUAUGUAUUUUAUCCCCUGAAUUCUCCUGUGGCCACUCUUAGGCUGAAAUUUUAUAUCCUGGAGGCAGCUGUCAUUUUAUGGGCCCUUCAGGUAAUACCAAAUCAUGGAAAAACCCCAGGAAUGCUCCUACAAUGGAACUGAGCUGGCUGAGGAUGCCAGAUUACCCAUCCCUAACCCACUAGUGUUCCUGGAAGAGGUGAUUCACAUCCACUCUUUGGGGUUUGGCAGCAGCCAUUGUCUCCAGCAGCAGAAGACACUGAAAGGAUCAUUUUUUACAGAUUUUUUACAGAAUUCCACAGUGGAUAGUGAGCAGAAGCUCCUCUCACCUGCAGUGCAUCCCAAAGCCUGAUCCCAUCAUCCACCAUGGUGGGAUCUUCUGGAACAUGCUUCUAAGGGGCUUUAUUCUUCACUCAGUGCUGGUAUUUCCAUGUGCCUGUGCUACCUGAUUUGCUUUCCAAGAAGAAAGAUCUAAAUGUUUUAAAACUUUUACAUUAAUCAAGUUAGAUGUGUUAAAAAAAAUUCCUUAAUAUUUCCACUCUCUGUGAGUAGUGGAUAUAAGUGGUUAACCUAAAAAGUUAUAUCAGUUUUAAAUCUUCUGUAACUGCUGUAAAUUAGGCUGUAAAAUAAAACAAUUUUGUCUAACUUUUAUUUGGUUAUAUUAAAAAAACAGGAAUUAAAAAAAACCAAACAGAUAUAAAAACAUUGGCUAUCGAGUCCUAAUGGCCCUGGUAGGAGCAAGUGGAAAGGCUGUACU